UCUGUAUCUGAAUUCUGAACCGAGAGCCACCCAAUAAUGGCGUCGAUUCUUUCCUCGCCGGCGUUGCCCGCCUACCCUUCAGUCCGGCUACGCUCCAGCCUGUUUCUAGCCCGUCCAUCUCUUCACCUGCACCGGCCGAGGUCUGCAAUAGCUCCGUAUUCACUUCUCCACGGGGUACCCUUUCUGCUCGACGGCUCCAUGGCUCCGGCGGCGGAGGUGGCGGUUUCCGGCGUCGGCGAGGCGUCGUACUCUCAGGCGAGCUAUUAUACGUCCCUAGGCCUUUUCGUUAUUUCAGUUCCAGGCCUUUGGUCACUCAUCAAGCGCUCUGUUAAAUCCAAGAUAGUGCAGAAGAAUUUUGUGAAAGGAGCUAGUAGGCCGAAUCAAGUGGCUGGGGAGAUCCUCUCGUUCUUCACUCGCAAUAAUUUUACAGUCUCUGAUCGAGGCGACACCAUUACGUUUGAAGGAAUGAUGGUGCCCAGCAGAGGGCAGGCAGCGCUGCUCACUUUCUGCACCUGCAUUAGCCUUGCAAGCGUAGGUCUCGUCCUCUCUAUUGCGGUUCCUGAGGGAGGCAAUAACUGGUUCUGGCUCACGGCGCUUAGCCCUCUUGCGGGAGUCUAUUACUGGCAACGGGCAUCAAGGAAAGAGGAGAUAAAAGUGAAGAUUUUAGUAGGCGAUGAUGGAAAGCUUUCUGAGAUAAUUGUGCGUGGGGAUGAUCAGCAGUUGGAGCAGAUGAGGAAGGAGCUGCAGCUCAGUGAGAAGGGUAUGGUCUACGUUAAGGGACUCUUUGAACAGUAGAAUUAUGUGAGGUUGGGAAGACAAUGCCUUGUUGAUAAACUCAUUUGAAAACCAUAGUUCGUCUUCUCUGGUCUAUCGUGUUUCGAGGGUUGACAUGAAUUUGACUAAAAUAGGUAAGGAUCCAUGACCACCCGGGAUGUAUGAUGGAUUUGGGACA